GGGAUCGCUCGGUUGGAGGCGAAGGACCGCUUGUCCCCUCUCCGCGUUUGGUGUCAAUGGCUUUCGGGACGCAUUCCAUUUGAGUGUCUGGGCCUCGCAAGUGACCAAUAAUGGAUAUUCUUUGGAUAUUAUGGACCCUACCGGCCGUAAUAGCUGUCGAAGAGACACUCAUGGACUCCACUACCGCCACAGCCGAGCUGGGCUGGACAGUCUACCCCGUGUCAGGGUCCAGUGACAACAGUUGGGAGGAGGUGAGCGGCUAUGAUGAAAACAUGAACACCAUCCGGACGUACCAGGUCUGCAAUGUUUUCGACAACAAUCAGAACAACUGGGUACGGACAAAGUACAUCCGGCGUCGCGGUGCACAGCGUAUCCAUGUGGAGAUGAAGUUCUCAGUGAGGGACUGCAGUAGCAUCCCCAAUGUGCCGGGCUCCUGCAAAGAGACGUUUAAUCUGUAUUACUAUGAAUCCGAUGCUGACACAGCCACCAGAACCUCGCCGGCUUGGAUGGAGAACCCCUGGAUCAAGGUGGACACAAUCGCAGCAGACGAGAGCUUUUCCCAGGUGGACCUCGGAGGCAGAGUGAUGAAAAUCAACACUGAGGUUCGGAGCUUUGGCCCUGUGUCACGAAAUGGCUUCUACCUGGCCUUCCAGGACUACGGUGGCUGCAUGUCGCUCAUUGCUGUUCGCGUCUUCUACCGGAAGUGUCCACGUAUCGUCGCUAAUGGGGCGCUGUUCCAGGAGACGCUCUCGGGGGCAGAGAGCACCUCCCUGGUGGCUGCAAGAGGUGUUUGUAUCCCUAAUGCAGAAGAGGUGGAUGUGCCCAUUAAGCUCUACUGCAAUGGAGAUGGAGAAUGGAUGGUACCCAUUGGACGCUGUAUGUGCAAGGCUGGGAAUGAGGCUGUGGAGAAUGGGACUGUUUGCCGAGCUUGUCCAUCAGGGUUUUUCAAACCGACUCAAGGAGAUGAGGCCUGUUUGCAGUGUCCCAUCAACAGUCGUACCACCAGUGAAGGCGCCAUUAACUGCAUUUGCCGCAACGGAUACUAUCGCACAGACUCGGAUCCCCUCCGGAUGCCAUGCACAACUGUCCCUUCAGCUCCGCAGAACGUUAUUUCCAGUGUGAAUGAAACAUCUGUGAUGCUGGAGUGGACUCCUCCUCGGGAUUCAGGGGGCCGCGAGGACGUUGUCUUCAACAUCAUCUGCAAGAGCUGCGGCGGGGGCCGGGGUGGCUGCACCCGCUGCGGGGACAAUGUUCAGUUUUUGCCCCGUCAGCUGGGCCUGACAGAACCCCGGGUCUACAUUAGUGACCUGUUGGCCCACACACAGUACACGUUUGAGGUGCAGGCUGUCAACGGGGUGUCUGAUCAGAGCCCCUACUCCCCUCAGUACGCCUCAGUCAACAUUACCACUAACCAGGCUGCUCCAUCCCCUGUGUCUAUAAUGCACCAGGUCAGUCGUACUGUGGACAGCAUCACCCUCUCCUGGGCCCAGCCUGACCAGCCUAAUGGAGUCAUCCUGGACUAUGAGCUACAGUAUUAUGAAAAGGACCAAGCAGAAUAUAACUCAACCACCAUCAGAAGCCAGACCAACACCGCAGUCAUCCGUGGCCUCAAGCCAGGAAGUAUCUAUGUGUUCCAGGUCCGGGCCCGCACCGUCGCUGGGUUUGGACGUAACAGUGGCAAACUCUACUUCCAGACCAUGACUGAGGCGGAAUACAACACCAGCAUUCAGGAGAAGUUACCUCUCAUCAUUGGAUCGGCAGCUGCUGGACUGGUUUUCCUCAUUGCUGUGGUCGUCCUCAUCAUCGUCUGUAACCGGAGGCGUGGCUUUGACAGGGCUGAUUCAGAAUACACAGACAAACUGCAGCACUACACCAGCGGCCACAUGACUCCAGGAAUGAAGAUUUAUAUUGAUCCGUUCACAUAUGAGGACCCCAACGAGGCUGUGAGGGAGUUUGCCAAGGAGAUUGAUAUAUCCUGUGUGAAGAUUGAACAGGUCAUUGGUGCAGGAGAAUUUGGAGAGGUGUGCAGUGGCAACCUGAAGCUCCCAGGUAAAAGGGAAAUGUUUGUGGCCAUAAAAACUCUGAAGUCUGGCUACACAGAAAAGCAACGGCGAGACUUCCUCAGCGAAGCGAGCAUCAUGGGCCAGUUCGACCAUCCGAACGUCAUUCACCUGGAAGGCGUAGUCACCAAGAGCAGCCCUGUUAUGAUCAUCACUGAGUUCAUGGAGAAUGGCUCUCUGGACGCUUUCCUCAGACAAAACGAUGGGCAGUUCACUGUGAUCCAGCUUGUUGGUAUGUUACGCGGCAUCGCCUCGGGCAUGAAGUACCUUGCAGACAUGAACUACGUGCACCGUGACCUUGCUGCCCGAAACAUCCUGGUCAACAGCAACCUUGUGUGCAAGGUGUCUGACUUUGGUCUCUCACGCUUCCUGGAGGAUGACACAUCAGAUCCUACCUAUACUAGUGCCCUGGGAGGGAAGAUCCCCAUCCGAUGGACAGCGCCGGAAGCCAUCCAGUACAGGAAGUUCACCUCUGCCAGCGAUGUGUGGAGUUAUGGUAUCGUCAUGUGGGAGGUCAUGUCCUAUGGAGAGAGGCCUUACUGGGACAUGACCAAUCAAGACGUGAUCAAUGCCAUAGAACAGGACUACCGGCUGCCCCCGCCCAUGGACUGUCCCAGUGCGCUGCACCAGCUCAUGCUGGACUGCUGGCAGAAAGACCGCAACAACCGGCCCAAGUUCAGCCAGAUCGUCAACAACCUUGACAAAAUGAUCCGUAAUCCCAACACGCUAAAGGCUAUGACCCCAUUAUCUUCAGGUGUUCAUCUCCCUCUGCUGGACCGCAGCAUCCCUGACUUCUCCAGCUUCAGCACUGUAGACGAGUGGCUGGAUGCCAUUAAGAUGGGCCAGUAUAAAGAGAACUUUGCCAACUCCAACUUCACUACAUUUGAUGUGGUGUCCCAGAUGACCAUGGAUGACAUCCUGAGGGUCGGGGUGACGUUAGCAGGCCAUCAAAAGAAGAUCCUCAACAGUGUCCAGAUGAUGCGGGCACAGAUGAACCAGAUCCAGUCAGUGGAGGUUUGAUCCUUCCCAGUGGAGCUGGGGGCUGAAGGAGGAUGGAGUGGGUGUUUAUUUUUGCGUGACAGCGUGUCUGAUCUUCUAAACAGAAACCCAUCGAUCUCCCAUUCCCCUGUCCACUUCCCUCUAUCCUUUUCUUAUCCUCACAUCCUGACUCUCCUUCCAUCUUUGGGAUCAGCUGUGGAGAGCUGCUUACAACAAAAGUCCAUGUGAAGAAGCAUCAGAAAGCAUCAGAAGGCCCGCAGCCGGAAACAUGGGAAGUUAAAACUGACCAGCAGCAUAUUUUUCAAUCUUCCAAUUUUCAUUUGAUGUUGGAUUUUUUUUUUUUUUUUGGUUUGUUUUUUCUGAUGAUUUUGUAAAGAAUUUUUUAAAGAAAAACUGAGAAAAGGCAACGAGUUUAUCUAAAUUUAUAGAUGCUAUAAGGUCAUACACUAGACAAACUGAGCAGGAAAGCUACCCUUUAAAAGGGCAAAAAGUGAAAACAACGAAGAGCUGAGGAGACGAGGCCAUCCUCGACACAGUGUGCACAUUGUCUUUGUCAUUUUUAAUUUUUGGACAUCAUGAGGAAACAGAGCUCCCUGGAGUCUUCGGAAAGACAAACUGCAGAGGAGCCUGAGGGACCCAACGUGCACUCUCAACUGUUUCCCCAGGAGAGGAAAUAAAAAAAAAAAAAAAAACAAGAAAUGGACCAUUUUGGGCAUAGACUGAUGUCAGAAACACAUCUAUUCAGACUGACAGUUUGCACAGUGAAAUCAACACUCAAGAAAAAGGAAAAACAUUUUUUCAUUGCAAGUAAUUUUCUAUAUAGUGUGAAAUUUUGUGAUGAAGAUUCCCUCACACCAUAGUUCCUCUCACUAUAGACACACUGACACGUUAGUGUUUUUUCCUCUGACAGUGAUAUAUUUACAGCCUGCCAAAUAGAACUCUUCCCUUUUUGCCCCCAUCCGUGGUCCUGUACUGUACAUAUCAGAUGCACUUGACCUGCCAUAACAUGAUGACUCAGAGACGGUUAUAAUUAAUCAGUUCAGACAUAGAAGGGAUUUAUGUUGUGUGAGUUUCUUCCUUUUGUGGAAAAAAUGUAAAAAAAAAAAAAAA